AUGUACCAAGAAGAGCAACUUGGUUCUGCUACCCGCCCUUUCAAACAAAUGGAAGAGUUCAGGUUGGCCUUGGUUGAGUGUGGUCUGAUGGACAUGGGUUAUAUAGGCUCAAUCUUUACUUGGUGCAAUAGAAGGGAAGGGUCAGAACUUACAAAAUCCAGAUUAGAUAGGGCCCUAAUAAAUGAGGAUUGGGCAAAUCUAUUUGAUGUUAAUCAAACCCAUGUUCUACCUGGCCAGUGCUCAGACCAUAACCCAAUCUUAAUCCAAUGUGUUAAUUCUGAUCAAGAAGUAUUUCCAAAGAGAAAGAUGUUCAGAUAUGAAGUGGCUUGGGGCAAUAGAGAAGGUUGUAAGGAUCUUAUUAAAGAAGUGUGGAGCCAGAGAUAUUUUAAGGGGACUAAACUUAAAGACACUCAAGCAGGGUUGGAGGGUUGUAGAAAAAAACUUCAGUCAUGGAGUAAGGAGGCAUUCAGAACUCAUAAGCGAUUGCUUGACCAGAAGGGAGAAAGACUCAGAAGACUUCAAGACUCUAACACAGGCCAGUUUAGUUGCCUGAUUAAAACAAUACAAAAGGAAAUAGAUGAGCUUCUUGAAGAGGAAGAACUCAAGUGGAGGCAAAGAGCAAAACAAAGGUGGCUUAGGGAUGGGGACAGGAAUACCAAGUACUUCCAUAGGUGUGCUACUCAUAGGAAGCAGAUGAAUUCAAUCAAAGUGGUUACCAGUGAGGAAGGUGUUAGAGAGCAUAGCCAAGAAGGUAUAGCCAGGGUCUUUCAAGCUUUCUACCAAGUACUCUUUUCUACAUCCCAUCCAGAGAAUAUUGAUGAAGCCUUGCAGUCUAUUCAACCGUGUGUAAGUGAAGAUAUGAACUUCUGGCUUACUAAGGCCUUCACUGAAGAAGAAGUGACAACAUCAAUUAAAGGCAUGAACCCCCUUGGCUCUCCUGGCCCGGAUGGUUUCCCAACUGUUUUUUAUCAACAACACUGGUGCACAGUUGGGAAGAGAGUUACAGAAGCAGUCCUUGAAGCACUGAAUAGCAGGCAAGGCCUCAGUGACCUAAACCAAACUUUCAUCUCUCUAAUACCAAAGAAGAAGCUCCCCCAAUCUGUUGUUAAUUUCAGGCCCAUCAGCUUGUGUAAUGUCCUCUAUAAAGUUGUCUCCAAAGUAAUAGUAAAUAGGCUCAAAACCAUCCUACCAAACCUGAUAUCAUCAUCUCAAAGUGCUUUUGUCCCAGGGAGAAACACUAGGAGAGAGGUUCAGCAGUCUAUCCUUCAGCAAGCAGGGCUCAGAGCUCAUAGUCCUUUUGAUAAGUAUUUGGGACUCCCUUCUUAUAUUGGGAAGCAAAGAACCAAAGCAUUCAGUUCAGUUGUGGAUAGGAUCAAGUCUAAAAUGGCUAGUUGGAAGACUAAAGUGCUUUCCCAAGGUGGAAAGGAAAUACUGCUGAAAUCUGUAUUGCAAUCAAUCCCCACAUAUAGCAUGGGAAUUUUUAAACUCCCUAAGUCAAUUGUUAAGAAUCUCAACAAGUUAUUACAGUCCUUUUGGUGGGCUCAAAUAGAUAGCAAGUCAAAAGUUCACUGGUUGAGUUGGCAGACAAUGGGAAAACCCAAGGAUCGGGGGGGCUUGGGGUUUAGAGACUUUGAGCUUUUCAAUCUAGCACUGCUGGCUAAACAAGGGUGGAGAAUCAUUCAAAAUCCUACCUCCCUUGCAGCUCAGGUACUGAAGGCCAAGUAUUUUUCAGGCUCUAGUUUUCUCUCAGCAAAAGGAAAAGCAAGCGACUCCUUUGUGUGGAGAAGUUUCCUCUCUGCAAGGCAUGUACUUAUGGAGGGAAUGCUGUGGAGUGUUGGUGAUGGAACCCAGAUAAAAAUUUGGAAAGAUAAGUGGCUUCCAAGUCCUUCUACCUUUAAAGUGCAAUCACCUGUAAGAAUUCUGAAUGCAGAGGCAACAGUAGCAGAACUCAUAAAUCCAGACACUAGGCAGUGGAACUUAAAUCUCAUCCAUGCCAUUUUCUCAGAACCUGAGGCCAAGGUAAUCAGCAAAAUGACUAUUAGCCAGUGUGGUAGUCAGGAUGUGCAGACGUGGAGGUGUUCAGAAAAUGGAAAAUUCACUGUUAGAAGUGCAUACCAUCUAUAA